AUGACAGUGUCCAAGCCAACAGUGGAAAGAGCUGAAAAAUUUUGGAGAAGGGAGUUACAGAAUCUCACCGCGAGUGUCUUUCCAGCAACGCCAUCCUUGUCGACGGAAUCAUCGCGGAGUGAAAAGAUCUGCAGAGAGAUUUCUCUCAACCUCAAUACACAACAGGCCGAUGUUGGGUCCAUCCCGGCCAUAUUGACUCUGGCGUGGGGCAUUACUCUGUCCUGCUACACGGGCAACAACGAUACUAUAUUCGGGCUAUCUCUGGGCCCAACCCACGGUCAUGAGAAUAUUUUGCCUUUUCGAGUCCAAAUCAGCGACCAACAGACAGUGACUAAGCUCCUCAGCUCGACAACAUCCCGCGUUGGGGAAUUCCAAGCGGUGACCAAUCUCCUCUCCCCGGAGUAUCAUCUUAGCAAUCUUGGCGAGGAUGCCAUCCGGGCCCAGCAGUUCCAAAAUGUGCUCUGCAUUCAGGGCGAAGCUACUUCUCAUGAAUCUCCCAUGGGAGUGUUGAAUGGGCGGGGACUGGUAGUCAUUUGCAGCAGCAGUAGGAGUGAAAAUCGAAUAACAGUUGAAGCGCACUUCCAGACGGAAUCGAUUUCCUCAUACACGGUGAAAAUGAUGCUGCAUCAGCUUGCGUCGGCAAUCCAUGAGAUUCUGCAACCCCAAAACAGAGACUCGCCUUCAAUCUCCCUGCGGAGAACGAGCCCUGAAGGGUUAGCCGAUAUCAUUCAGCACCAAGGCAAAGCACCACCUCCCCGGGUGGAAGCUUGCGUCCAUCAUGGGAUAGCAGUGCAGCGCCAGAUUCAGCCUUCAGCGCCGGCGGUGAACUCAUGGGAUGGCAAGUUGACCUACCGCGAGCUGGACCGGCUUUCCUCCCGUCUGGCGUCAAAGAUGGUGAGCCUCGCUCCCAUCCGACCCGAUGAUAUGGUCUGUAUCCUGAUGGAGAAGUCAGUCUGGGUCGCCGUGUCUAUCCUAGCCGCCUUGAAAAGCGGAGCGGCUUUCCUCCUUUUAGACCCUGGCCAGCCUCAGGAUCGUCUCCGAAUGAUUGCUCAAAAGACGAAGACUCCCCUAGUUCUCUGCUCGGCCAGCUAUGCGGAUCGUGCAACUAGCCUGCAGACUGUUAUGCUGCAGGUCCCUCACCCUGAUCUACUGGAUCCAAGUGAUUCUAUUCACGAUGAAUUUGAAUCCAAUGAGGUCCAGCCAGGAAAUGCCGCAUGGGCAAUCUUUAGCUCAGGCUCGACUGGCGAACCCAAACUAUCGGUGGUGGAGCACGCCGCGGCUUUCACAGGCUGGAGUACGGAGUCCUUGCAGAAACGGCUUCGACUCAAUGCCUCAUCCCGGGUGUUUCAAUUUGUCUCUCAUGCCUUUGGCGUAUGUGUCUUUGACUACAUUGGCACAUUAUCACGAGGAGGCUGUCUCUGUGUGCCGUCGGCCGGCCAACUCGAGAAUGAUAUUGCCGGGAGUAUCCGAGCCCUGGACGCAAAUUGGACAAUUAUGACGCCCUCCAUGGCCCGCACCAUGGAUCCCAAGCAGGUUCCGUCUCUUCAAACGCUUUUCCUGGCCGGGGAGCCACUCACGACGGGGGAUCUUGAGCAAUGGGCCGCGAACACACAGCUGAUGACCAUGUACGGACAAUCCGAGACUGGAUUCCCUCCGCUAGGAUGCAACAAGACUGAGUCGCUGCAAAACCAUCAUCCGCGAGAUCUAGGACACAUAGCAGCCCAUGCUUACCGUGGCUGGAUCGUCGACUGCGAUGCUGCGGAUCGGCUGAUGCCACCGGGAGCCGUGGGCGAGCUCGUACUAGAAGGGCCCUGCCUUGGUCGAGGAUAUUUCAACGAUCCCUUUCAAACGAGUGACAAGUAUAUCCCUGCUCCGGCAUGGCUCGCUAAAAUGCGGUCGACUGAAGACCUCAAAGACCAAUGCUUGUUCCGAACCGGGGACAUGGUUCGUUGUGCCGAGACCGGGUCGAUCGAAUAUAUUGGUCGAACUGGGGCGGCAGAAGUAAAGCUACGAGGCCAGCGUAUGGACUUGACCGAGGUAGAGUAUCACUUGAAGCAUCAGUAUCCCACAUGCGCACGCGUGGCGGCGGUCUUGGUCGUGCCCGCGGACGGGGAUGACCAUCAUCAUUCUAUGCUCGCUGGGUUCGUCAUGGAAAAGAAGGCCUCAUUGCCUGGCGAUAUAAAAAGCGAUGCCAUGUUCGUCCCGCCGACAACUGAAUCGCGCGAUGAGGCUAAGGCUGCUUUGGCAGGCCUUGCCAAAGUCCUUCCUAGCUACAUGGUGCCAACGGUCAUCAUCCCCGUCCUGGCCUUGCCACUCACCCCUUCCGGAAAGAUGAACCGGCCACGCCUCCAAGAAUGUGGCUCGACUCUGUCUCGGGAGACGCUACUGGCAUAUCUGCACGAACAACAACCCACAGAGAUCAAGAUCGGAGCCACGAAUCCAAACGAGGAGAUCAUCUGGCGGGCCUGUGCCGAGUCAAUGGGCGUUUCCAAGGAGAGCAUCGGCAUGCAAGACUCCUUUUCCCUGCUCGGGGGGGACUCCUUAGCCGCUCGUCAGAUGGUGACGCUAUGUCGCCACGCGGGCCUCAAUAUAACCGUGGCCGAUGUGUUCGACAGCGAGUCCCUCACCGCGCUCGCUUCUAGUACGGCUACUACUCCCGCAACAAAGAAUGAUUCGUUCGCACCGUUGAAAGCUAAAUUUCUGGAACAUCGCCCGGCGAUUCUUCUCGACGCAGACAUUGAGGAUGUCUUCCCUACCCAAGGGGCGCAGAGCCGAGAAGCCAACGAGAUCGUCUACAUUACCUUCAUACUCACCGGGGAGGUGGACGUCAGACGACUCAAGGAGGCCUGUCAAACGUUAGUUCAAGCCCACACGGCUCUCCGAUCCAUAUUAGUCCCCUUUGGUGACCGAGGACGACUCAUCAACGUCGUUCUCAGUCACUCACCUGCCGAACUCCUCCAGCACCAUACCCUCGAGGCUGCUGAUGGAACAAAAGCAGACCUGGCCGCAUGGGCUGAGGCGUGGAGCCACGGCGACCGCCAACGCACGCAUGCCUCGUGGGAACCAGCAGCGGGGUUUGUGCUAGCACAGCACAAAGAUUCUAGCGCCGACCAUCCACCGCAGUCCGCCUUCAUCAUGCGGCUGUCUCACGCUCAAUCUGAUGGCGACUGCAUGGCAGAAAUCACGUCGAGCCUGUGGGCGGCAUACGCCCAAAAUCAAACAUCCCCAGUGGCUUCACCCUCGUCUUCGUCAAACUAUGGCGAUUUUGCGCGGCAAGCGCACGAGCAGUUAAAGAAUCCGGCCGCAGGGCACUUCUGGCGAAGUUUACUUGAGGGUACUCCACCACCUAAGCUUCCGACCCGAAAGCUCGAGCAGCACGGUCCCCCGCCGCAGGCACUCCACCUCCAGCAUCGGGUAGCCAUUUCCAGCCCGCCACCACCGGUGGGGAUCCCAAUGGCAACGGUGGCCAAAGCGGCGUGGGCGAUGCUCAUGCGGGAGCGGACGGAAGAGGAUAAGGCGACGGUGGUGCUGACGCAGUGCGUGAACGGGCGCGACGGAGUGCGUACCCAGGGCACGCGCCCGGUCAUCGGGGCGUGCCAUUCCAUCAUCCCUCUCUGCGUACAGUUUGGUUCUGCAAGGAAGAUCACUGUCCGAACACUCCUCCAAUCCAUUCAAGAUCAAUACAUUGCCUCUCUCCCGUACGGGGUCAUCGACUGGCGGGUCUUGGUGGAGAAUUUUACAGCCUGGCCAGCGGACGCUAACAUCGGGUUCAUGUUCGCCUACCAUGACAUGCCGGGAAUAUCGGAUACAGAGGUGGUCGCUGGUGGAAGCCCGUUGCUGGCGCAAUGUGCCUCGCAGUUCUCGGGAUCACUGCAGCCCGGGGAGGCGUGGGUGACUGCGGUUCCGGUUGAGGGGAAGGGGCUGGAGAUUGAGUUCACGGUUUUUGAUUCGGUGAUGGGGGAGAACGAGUCAAGGGAGUGGCUGGUGCGGUAUGGCGAGAUUAUAGAUUGGAUGUUGAAGGAGCCGAAUGCUAUUUUGGAUCUGUGA